GGUUUGCCCAAAAACUCAAGUGUAGAGGGACUCAAAGGGGAUUGGUGGUGACAAUGCUAUUGUAUUCAUAUGCUGACUUAGUGGAUAAUAUGAAAUUCCAGUCUUAGAAGGAAAGCCAAUAAUUCAUUGGCAAAAAUACUGUCUCACCUCUCUCCACACAGUGAAAGCCAACCAAAAUCUGUCUCCUGCAUCAGAACUGUUAUUUCCUUCAGUGUUGGAAUUAGAACAAUAGUCUCAUAUUGUCUUAAUUUCCUGACUUUGGCAAUGCCAGGAAGGCUGCAGAGGUGGUAGAAUCCCUACUAGUUAUGAAAUUACGUUUUCUUUCAUAGUAUGGGUUCAAGUUAGAAGAUGGAACAUGGCCAGACCCUUUUUUUUAAGAUUACAGAUGAAGUUUACUGUGAGUCUUGAUUUAUAAGACAUGAAUAGGUAUAUCAUUAAACAGACACGAGUCAUGAAUGCUUUAAUGAAAUGUUAAGCCUGAAAUUUAAAACUUUUUUUCUCCUCUCUCUUUUCAGAGCUUUUGUUCAUACAUAUUAGAAUUUUCAAAAUCUGAAAACAUGUUUUCUGGCCUGCUUUGUACAGUUGCCUACAUUCAAAGACCCCAUGUCACCUAUGUUGGAAAAAAACAGGAGACCUGCUUUUCUUCUUAAAAAAGUCAUUGUACGAUAUAAAAUACUGGCAGAAUCUCACUCAGUCUUUGCCAUACACUCUAAGCAAAGAUCACUGUACAUAUAAACAUUUAUAUAAAAUGAUCAGACAUCUGGUCAGUAGCAAGUUGGCACUUUCCAUUACUACAAUACUUUCCUCCCAACACAUAUUUGUCAAUACAGCUAUUUUUAUAACACAGAUCAGAACAGCUGUGCAAAAUCUGUUGCUCUCAUGUUGUUCUACUGAAGGUAAGAAGAACUUUAAUUAAACUUUAUUUUGCUAAGGUUUAAGUUUACAUAGCAUGCUGUGCAAGAAAUAAAAUGUUUGUUGUGAGAUCAUGAGAGAGCAAUAAUAUUUAUAAAAGCAGAUUUAACUCCCAUAUUAUGGAAACCAUUUUAUUUGCACAGUAGAAGCUCUUUUUCCAUAUUAAUCUUUGCUGUGGCAAGGAGGUAAAUUAGGUCUGUACAGGUUAAUAGGAUAGUUCUGUAGUUGUAUUAGUAAUACUGGAUUUUAAAGUGGAGGGAAGUUUUAAAAAGCAAUGCAGAUGUUUACUGGGCUUGUGUUAGCUAUUCCAUGUAGAUUGUAGCUUUCAUUGGGGCCAGUUACAGCUAUUUACAGAUGUAAAUGUGUGUAUGGAGUCUGUGGUUUAUAAAGUGAAAUCGGGCUUCUUUUUCUUAGGGAUGAACAAAGCCACAGGAAAAUCAUUCAGAAGAGUUAACCAUAAGCAAAACCACAAAACACAGAGGGGGCUUUAACAUGCAGUCAAAGGACUUGGCAUUGUUGACAUUUUCUAUGAAUUCAAAACAUAUUCAGUUUUAUAUAGAGAAUGACUGAUGGAUGGAUAAAGAGGGUGGAAACCGAGAAUGAAAGACAAAAUAUUCUAAAUGCAAGGAAAUUUGAUUACCAGUGUACAAGCAAGCUGUAAUUCACCAAACUGUACUGAGUGAUAGUAGCCAAAGGCAGCUGGAUGUUGAAUAAUGCGUGAUUAUCUGUCCAGUUUGCCAACUCCCUACUCAUAUUGCUGUUCCCAGAGCAUUCAGUGAGGAUAUCAGUGAAGUACAGGUUGCAAGAUUAAAUCUUAUUCUAGCAAAAAUCCAGGACUCAAAGAACACCAGACAGUUUCAGAUGGACUCCAAACUGUCUCACUGCUACUCAUUUUCUAUCACUGCUGGAAUUUUGCUGUGGAAACAAAUAGCAAAGAAAACAAUAACAGGAUUAAGAACAAUGACAGACUAUUAAAUCACAUACCAGUGGUUUGCAGCCUAUGGCAUUUUUUUUCCAUGGGUGUAAUGAUAGACUUUUUUUGGCAGUGGCUUUUCUUUUUUAGCUGAGGAAGGGAUGCUUUCUAGUUUCUCCCUGCUUUGUUAUAGUUUGUAUGUAGUUUCUUUUAUUUAAUUCUCCCACCUGAAAUUGUGUAGUUUGGAGACAGGCCCUUUUUCUGCUCAGGAACAAGAAUUAGAACAUUUCAUUCUUCCUGGGUAUAGGGAGCCAUAGAGAGCAGUUAGCUGUCAGUGAGCAAACAAUAGUAAUGAGUUCUAUGAACUGUAAUUGUGAGAGGGCUAACGUGCACAGACUGCAGAGCAAUAGAGAUUUGGGGCCAAUAUAUAAACAACUGGUAAUUCUGUAAUCCUGAGCCUAGCCUAGAACCAUAGAAAAUCAGUGUCCAAGUUUAGGUAUUUACAUAGUGCAAGAGGCCUCUGCUAUUUUGAGAGAUCAAAUACAGUUUCCUGUUCUCCUUAUUAUUGUUCCCAGAGUCAACAAUGCGUCCUGGUGAUACCAUAAAAAGACACCAAACUAUUCUGCAAUCUGGAAAAGUGUUUUUUAGUUAUUCUACUGCUGCAGUUCUAAGCUCUGAUUAUGUAGAAUCACAAAGUUAGUAUUUUUUUCUCAGCGGAUGUCCAAUUUCUUUAGUCUUUAAAGUUACUUUGCAUAUGCUGAUAAUAAUUUUAAUUUCCUGAUCUAAAAUGUCACACAUUGAUUUCAUAUAUUUUAGGCUAAUUUUUAUCCCUAUCUAAAUGCGAAGUAAGCAUUUAGAUAGCUAGCUAAUGAGGUUACAUUGCUACAUACCAAUGACAUUUCAGGUGCAUGACUACUCAUGAAAUUCUCAUUUGAGCAUGCAAAAGGCACUAAGGGUUUCCAAAAUGCAGUUGCUACAGUCACUUGUCUCCAACAACUUGUUACCUUUAAUGUCCACAUCUCAUAUGUGUUGUGAGUUCAUUAAGGGAUAUCUUUCUGACUCAAACUGGCUGGCAUAGGAAGCUGUGACAUGUCAGCUAUGCCUUUUGUAGAAACAUGGAGUUGAUUGCCCAUAUGUACAAAACAUCUGGACUGAUCCCUUGUGUUACUGGGUACAACCCACUGUAGUUAUUACCUCCGGAUGUGGGGAGAAAGGCCAGCAGAAAUACCUGGCUCCAUUAGCCCAUUCUUUGUUCCACUACAGCAGGUCUGACUGGAAUGUCAAGACCUGGUCUACAGAGUGUUAGGCACUCAGAGCUGUACUUCCAGGUAAUACUUAAAGCAGUCUGGCUGGUUGCUAUUUGAUGUUAAAUAUUACAGAAUACUUUCUGUCUUAUAUUAGGUACUCAAAAUCAAUAGAUACUUUGACUUUUAACUUUCUCUGCCUCAUUCCUUCUUCUGAAAGCAAUAAUAAUACUCUCUCAUCUCAAAGGAUUAUUGUGAAAAUGAAGUAAUUAAUAUCAUAGAAACAUAAUAUCUGUGAAUAAGUUAGUGUCAGAAUGUAUGACAAAGCAAAAAAAACUUUUGUCCCCAGACAGAAUUUGUCAAGUCGUGAGUAAAAAAAUGAGGCCACAUACAACAAUAAUAACAGUAAAGAAAAAGGAAAAUUGAAUACUGACUAAUACAGUAGUCAAGUGGAAAAUAUACAGUAGAGUCAUAUAAUUGAACAGCACAUACAAACAUAUGUAGGCUGAAUUAAAGCUGCACAGGAAAUCUGAAAUUUAGCAUUUUCUUCCUAAGUGUUUAAAAAAUUUACUGUACUACAGCCACAAUUGUUAGGUUUCUAUUCCUCUUUGUUUUUCAGCAUGAGACACAAUUUGCUGUAAGGAUGUGGGAUAUAUAGAAAGAUAGAAUCACAUUUGAAAAUUAAUUCAGAUAGUAAUGUAAAGUUUUCUAAAGUGAAGUUAAAUCUGAGCACACUAUGACUUCCAUCUACUCCUCUUCCAUGAGAAGUAUGAGUCAGUUGAUGUGCUAAGGUGAAGCCUCUUGGCAGUUCCCUGUCUGGAGACUGAAUCUAUUGGUUAUGUUCUGCCCACUGUCCCAGCAGAGAUACACUAGAACUUCCUCAUUUGCAGCAGAAAGGAUAUUAGGAAAGGUAGGCAGGAUCUGGUAGGUUCUAAGUUAAAAUGCCUCUGUUGGAAGUAUCAACAGAGAUAUACUACAGAUAUACUACAGAAUUUAUUGGAAAUUUUACAGUAUCUGUUUGUAUGCGGUAAUACACCUUAACCUUCUGAAAGCUAGCCAUUAAAACAGUGAACAUGUCAAAAACAUUACUUUUGCCUAUGGCUCAGUUCCAAGACAGUGCAUUAAUAUGCAUGUCAGUCUGCUGAGCAGGGUGAAAAUGAAGAAUUAGUGAUCAACGCUAAUGAGAAUAAUUUGCUCUAAAUACAAAUGUACUGUGCUUUUUGCUCACAAUAUUUACAACUUUACUCGAAAGAAUCUCCCAGUAUCUGGUUAAUUUAGUACUACUACUACUUAUGAUUUUUUAUGUGUUCAGAGUAACAAUAAUAUUUAACCUAAAUUCCCUCACUAAGUAUUAGCAGAGUUGCAUGUUAAUGAAUUAGCAAAUUCACCUUGAUUUUAUUCUUAAACCUUCCACAUAGAAGCAAGUGAUCAAAUUUCAUGCUAGUUAUACAGAAAGCUAGUUUACUAUUUAGCCAGGACUACAAAAAUCAUAUAUGGUUCAGAUUUAUCCAUACUCCAUGCUGAAAUAAACCAGAAAUAAAAUACAACAAAUGUUUCUUCUCAUGUAUUCUUCAGAUAUGUUAAAGCCAAGAAAGCUAUACUUUGGCUGCUAGCCUUUCCCUCAAGGAAAAAAAAGAAAAAUACACUAGUGAGAGUCAAAGGGACCAGUAACACAUGCUUUGGACUUGUUUCCAGAGCUGAAAUCUGUACAAUUACCGCACAAAAUACCUGACUCUUAAUGAGCUUUUAGAAAACCCUAGUAUUUCAACCUGUUUUCCUGAUUUGAGAUUCAGUUUGGCUGAGAGGUCCGUCAGCGUCUUUAAAUUGUGAUUCAUUCUUUCAUGGGGCACCUUCAUGCAACUUAUUCUCAUCCUCAGGACCAUGUGGAGGAUGGUCAAAAGACAAACACAGUUUAUUCCUAAGUGAGAACUCUUCAAGAUGCGCUCAGAAUAUUCACAUGCAUGUCUUAUUUUCCCCCUCCCUUGAAGCUGUAAUUGCAUGUAGGAUAGACGAAAGAAUUGCAUUGAAGUGGCUGAAUUCACAUGCUGCCUUUAGGCUCUCAUCCUGAGAACGCAUAGGAACAGUGAGAGAAGGGGGACAGUGUUGUUGUUAUAAAGUUCCCACCUGCACAGUAAACUGCCUGAGUGGAAAUGCAUUUCAAAGAGUGCAUGCUCUCUGUUGCAUUUAUUCCUAUACCCUUGACACUAAUGCAGCUGAGCUUCUUGGGUACACAAGAUGCUCCCUAGCAUGUCUGCAGCAUUGCUAGGUUUGUGUUGUUCAGAUGAUUAUCAUUAACUGGUUUUAUUACUCACAAGAGAGGUUUAUAAUCCAGCUGCCAAGGUGUUAGCAAGAAUGGAUGGCUGGACUUGUGGCACUGCCUUGGGAGGUAAGAAAUCCAGUUUAGUUCCUGGGUCCUCUGGAGGUUUUUGUCUUUGGCAUUUGGAAAACCACAGUCUUUCUAAUCCACUUGUGUGAAGAGGUAUCAGCAUCCUAGCCCUAUUUAUGUUUAUUGAGCUUUUCAGGAGAGACGGUAUCUUGCAAUGCAUGCAUACGAAAAGUCUUACACAGAGACAAAAUAGCAUAUGAAGCCUUCAGAGGAAAAAGACCAAACAAGGAAAAUCAUGAGAAUUGCUAAGUAUGACAGUGUGUCACCAGUGACGAAAAAGAAGUGGAGUUUAAUGUGAACAUACCUUUAAGAUUCCUGACAAAACCAAAGAAUAGCUUGCUGACUCAGGAAUCAGAGGCAGACUUACUGGAAGGGGUAAACCUCCCCACCUCUACUAUGGCCCCAAAAGUAUGUCACUUGCUUUACAGGAUGCGAUAGCACAGCAGUGGAUGGCUGUUGGGCCAUCAUUAUAACCGCAUCUGAAAGUACAAGGAUACAGCAAGUGGAGGAAUGAAGAGGACUAAUGCUGGCAGCAGUCAGACCGAGGUUCCAGCUUCCCGUACAGCUUUACUUGAGGCACCACCUCCCUCUCUGUUGGCCAGGCAGACCUGUGGGAUGGCCACUGUUAAUCUCCAAACACAACAGAGGCAUUAUUGUUUUAGAGCACUUUGCUGCAAGGGACCGCCACCACCACGACCUGAAUAUGACUUAGUUUGCAUAGGCCUCUCUGGUUCUGGCAAGACAAGUCUUCUGUCUCAGCUUUGCAGUGAGAGCCUGGAGAAUAUCGUGUCUACCACAGGUUUUAGUAUAAAAGCGGUGCCAUUCCAGAAUGCCAUCUUGAACGUAAAAGAACUUGGAGGAGCUGACAACAUCAGGAAAUACUGGAGUCGUUAUUACCAAGGAUCCCAGGGGGUAAUAUUUGUAUUAGACAGUGCCUCCUCUGAAGAUGAUCUAGAAACUGCUAGAAAUGAACUGCAUUCUGCUCUCCAGCACCCACAGUUAUGUACUUUGCCAUUUUUAAUACUGGCCAAUCAUCAAGACAAGCCAGCAGCUCGCUCCGUACAAGAGAUAAAAAAAUAUUUUGAACUUGAGCCGCUUGCACGUGGAAAGCGUUGGAUUCUUAAACCCUGCUCCUUGGAUGAUAUGGAGGCAGUAAAAGACAGCUUCUCCCUUCUAAUAAACUUGCUAGAAGAGAGAGACUUCGAACCUUCAAGAAUGUGAAAUCCAAGAGAAAGGAGUGGUUCUCCAGACAUCACUGUACUUGCUCGUUCUGCACACAGUUUAAUUAUGGUGUGGUAUCAAGACUGAGCUGUGAUAUGUUGUUCAUACAGAGUUAGUGCAGAAUGUCCUUUUGUUAAAAUAAAUGUUCUGUGAGUCAGGUACACAACUAUUUCCAGUAGAGUUGUCUAUGCUACUGAAGUAGGAAGUUCCUCUUUGUUUACCACUAUUUCUGCACACUGCAUGUUGCUUUCUUGCUUUGCGAUCAUCCUUGAUAGGGAAUUUUGCGCGCACAAAAAUAACCUAGUCUGUAAAGGAGGAAUUCUAUGUGUUACCUUGGAUUUUAAAAAAUAACUAAUAUCUAAAUGAUUUGUGGGUCUAAUUUGUAUUAGCUUGUUUACUGACCUCACAGUAUGGAAAAGCACAGCCACUGAGAACCUAGGAUACCUAAAAGGCAAGCUGUUUCAUGUUAAUGCAAAGGUUAUUCCUGAGGUUUUAGUAAGUGAAAACACAGUUGACAAAUUUGUUGAGUCCUCUUUUAAAAUCACUGCAUAACCUUGCCAAAGGCAGAACAGUUAUUUUGCUGGAAGUUUGAUGAAAAGUGAAUUACCAAACAGAUGUGCACAGAUAACAGUAUUUGGGGAAAGUAGGUGAUCUCAACAGGUGAUCUAAGUAAAAUGAUUUUCUUAGAAAUAUACAAAAGUUGGAUAAAGGAAUAAACUAAUUGAAAGUAGUUUUCCAUAAAAAAGCAAGGUAAAUGUCUGUUAGUUCAUCUGUGGAGGCUUUAUUACUAGAUAGAAGUAUGAGUGAUUUGAAAUAAGGACUGCUUCCUUUAUCACUCAUUUGUAGACUACUACUGUUAUUGUAACAUUGCCAAGGCAUCUAUACCAGAAUUAAGGGUCUUCCAGUGUUUGUACUUCUCUUUUCAAGGGGAUUAUGUCUUGUUCUUUCAAGCUUACUCUAGGCUAAGUGUUACUUAGAAGACAAAAAAGUAUUCAUUGGGAAACAACAUUUGUAAUACAUUCAGAAAAAGCCACUUUGGUUCAAGUAACACAGUCCACAUUUUCUAUUUCCACGUUUUCCCCAGAUUUGCAGUAUUUUGGCUGCCUUUUGUUGAUUUUUUUUAAACUUUAUAACCCAAUUUUGUUCAUUAAAGAAAUGUGCCAGGCCACUUGUCACUGAGUCAGUGACAACAGGGGACGUGCAGAUCAGUUGCUGGACUGGUGCACACCUUGAAUGCUGUGCCUUGCACAUUCGGCUACCCUUGAGUGUCUGCAAAUACAAACUGUAGUGAUGUGUCAUUAGUUUCUCAUUGAUUCUUCUUGUGUUCUGAAACUUCUAACGCCAUUUUUCAGGGCUUUAAGCAGCAUAUCUUUUCACUCUGAGCAUUUAUAUUUUGUUUAAUGUUUGUUGUAGUUUCUCAUUAGUUUAUUUGGGGAUAAGAAAAUAGCAAAGAUCAGCUUUUAAAGGCUGAUAAAAGCCAUUUCUCUAUUACUUGCGAUUAUACUCUUUGUUAAACAAAAUGGUUUUAAUAGGUAUUUUUGUUUACUUUUCAAUUUCCUUGGAUUUCCUGCAUUGCUCCCACUGUUUUAACUUGGUUCCUGUUAUCAGAAAGAAGCUGGGAAAACUGAUAAACUCCUUGUUUCAUUUUGAGAUAGAAUAGGCAGAAAGCCUGAAGGGCAUCUCCUUGCUUUGUUUUUUUAUUCUCUUUCCUACCAGGUCAAUCGUCUCACUCCUAAUACUCUUGGAAAUAACCAAGAACUGGAAUUGUUCAUUUUGAAGCACAGAGUAGCCCUUCUUUGGUUCAAUUCUCUCUGCACCCUUUAGUCGGGACCCAUCUGCCCAUCAGUUUCUCUUGUAUGGGUUAAGGAGGUUCCUUUCCCAGGAUUUAAGAAGGAAUUGGAUCUAAUUUACAAUUUCAAACUCUCUCUUAGUUUACGUGAGAUUAGAGGCUACAGAGUCCUCAGAUUUCCACAAGGCCCCCAAAUUUCUGUCCUGUUUAGAGAUAACGACAAAUAAGUGGUAAGGAGGAGGUGGGAAAAUUACUUGCCAGAAAAGGCAGGCAAAAUGGGGGAUUCAGAGCUUUUACUGCUUUUUCAUUGGCCAUUAGUUAGAAGAUGUGAAAUAACAUUUUUUUUACUGUUUUUCCCCUUCUUUCCCUUAGUUAUGGACCAAAAGUUACAGGAAAUGAAAAUAAGCCCAACCAUAUUGCAUUCUUGAAACUUUACUUAUUUCUGCCAUCAGUAGAAAAACCAUCGGUCUGGUCCAAAAACUUUUAUGUUUCCAAGUUACAUUUUAGUCAUGAUCUCCCAGAUAUGCACUGUUAGAACGUGCUACAUGACUAACAUGAAAAAGGCCCAAUACAUUGAUGAGAAUAUGGUUUUGGCAUAUGCCGGUGGCCACUUAGACUAGGACCUUAAGGCAAAUGUCAACUGCACAGAAGCAGUGAUUUUGAUUUACUGAAUUAUUUUGAGUAUGCUUUUUCUUAUUAAUACGGCGAUCAUUCCUCACCACAGAUUGAAACAAUACCUCAUAACUGCUGAAGGCUAAAACCAACACUUAACUUUACUUUGAAUGUAGUACUUCUGUGGUUUUGUGUUGUAGAUAGACUUAAUGGAUGUGUACCUUUUUAAUGUCUAUAAGCAACUUCACCUUUUUGUGAGGGGAUAAAAACAUUCAGUAGCAGCUCAUGACAUAAUUCCUUGUCUAUAGUGUUGUUGAAUGCUCUGGCUUGGUAGAAUAUGUAAGCACUAUGCAGUUUGCAUUCUGCUAACCAAUCUCAAUUGCUUCAGUUUUUGUUGGUUUGUUUUAGUUUGGUUUUUUUUAAUCUUUUCAAAUGUGUUCAUCAUUUAGGUGGAAUAAACUUGGGCACUAGGCUCUACUUUACUUGCAAGUUCAUUAAGGAGUGAACAUUUUCUUUUUAAAAAAGAUGUGCUUUAAUGUUCUUUAGCCAUCUGUUAAAUUACUUCGUGUGUGUAUGUGUGUGUGCCCACACUGGGCUUCUCAGACCUGUGGCUGUCUGCAGUGUCUCAGCCGUCAGAGUGAAAACAUUAUCAAUCAAUAUCCAACAACAGCUGGUUUUGACAACCUUCUGUCUGCUGCCUAAUGCUUUACAGCUCAUCAGUAAGACUUCUUUGUCUGCCCACUCUGAGCUGGUAAUCUUACUGCUUCCAUGUCGUGUCCUGUAGUUGUACUUCUAGCAUUUGUAUGGAUAAAAAGUUAAAUCUUAGUGGGUUUUGAUAUUCUUUCUUGCUGUAUAAUGCUCCAUGUGUAUCUUAGCUUGCCUAUUCAAAUACGCUAUACAAAAAUCUGUGAUGUAUUAUUUCAUUUAACUUCUUGCAUUUCAUUAUAUUUAUAGAAGUUGCAGAUUUUUGUACCGUAUUACUUAAUACAGUUGCCUUUUUGUAAUGGCAAUUAAUUUAUAUUACAAAAGUUUGUAUCUUUUCUGUAGUCAAAAAAUAUUAGUUAACUGCCAUAUUAUCUUAACUUUAUACUAAAAAUACAGUGUCUAUACAUGAAGUUGACCCAAUUAAAUGGUCAACUGCUGAUGUGGGGAACCUGUACUGUUUAUGAUUUAUACAUAAUUUCCACUAUCAAAAAAAAAAAAAAGAAAGAAAGAAAAAGAAAGAAAAUAAAUGCUGUGUAGAAUUGA